UUUUUAUGUGAAAUAUAUUAUUUCUAUUUUAAAAAUUUUAAAAGUAUUUUAAAAUAAAAUGGAUUUGUACGACGAUAUUGAUACAAAACCCCGUGCUUCUCAAGUGGCCGGUUGGUCAUCAGGAAUUAAAAUGCUGCAAACGCAACUGGCCAUAAAAAAAGCGCAAACACCGAAAGAUCCUCCAAAGAAACCGUUAAUGACUCCCGUUGUUAGUUUACGUGCAAAAAAGCAAGUUGCAGAAGAUAUGACUGUCACAAAUAAAAAUUUAAGUUCAGGAAAAGCCACUCUCAAAACAGAAACUGCAGUAACAACCAAAACUAUUAUAAAUACACAACCAAUAAUUCCUGUCAUAGAAAAUUCAAAAGUCGAUGAUUGGGACUUCGUUGAUGAAUAUAAUCCAUUAUGGCCCAACGAAUAUGAAAAAUUAAAAGACAAAUUACAAACCAAAAGAACUAGUGGUAGGAGUAAGUCCAAAUCGAGUAAGCAAAAAUACUUAAAUAAAAUAUUUUCUUACAAUCAAUUCUAUUUAACAGACAAUUCAAACUCAUCUUCCACAAAACUCUCAGGAUUUUCACAGCGUGUAAAUGAUGAAGAAAGUUAUAGUCCGCCAGCAAGUGGUUCAGUAACAAGCGCUGGCGGUGCUGCAAUUGCUCCUCCACCAUCACUUCAAGAAAUAUCAAUUACAAAUGAAAAUGGUGAUGGCUCAUCGAACGUUACCAUACCUUACUCUGCUAGCUCAGUCGCUGCAAAAAUAAUGGCCAAAUAUGGGUUUAAAGAUGGUCAGGGCUUGGGCAAGCAGGAACAGGGUAUGUCUAUGGCUUUGCAGGUAGAAAAAACUUCCAAACGUGGUGGUCGCAUUAUACAUGAAAAAGAUGUAUUUCUGCCUCCGCUACCAGCUCCACAGAGCCCUCCUGCACCAGCCAUUGUUCCGCCAGCCUCACCAUUAUUCCCAACUCCUGUAAUACCAGCAAUUGAACCACAAAUUCCUAACGAACCAACUAUUACCGAAAUAAUGAGAGAACCUAGUAAAGUCGUACUACUGAGGAAUAUGGUUGGCCCCGGCGAUGUAGACGAGGAACUAGAACCAGAAGUUAAAGAUGAAUGUAAUACAAAAUAUGGAGAAGUUGCAAAUGUUUUAAUUCAUGAAGUUUUUGGUACUAUACCAGAAGACGCUGUUAAAAUUUUUGUAGAAUUUAAACGAAUUGAGAGUGCUAUUAAAGCUGUAGUCGAUCUCAAUGGACGAUUUUUUGGUGGGAGACAAGUGCGUGCUGGAUUCUAUAACUUCGAUAAAUUUAAAAGCUUUCAAUUGCAUUGAGCAUUUAUAAUUAACGUAAUAUAAUAUAAUUUGUAUAUUUCUUUUAUUAACUUUGGAAAUUGACUGUUUUAAAUAAAUUAAGUAA